AUGAGCAGUGAGGGGAAAGAACUAACCUUAGAUCAACAAUCUCGGUGGAUAGAAGAGACCAAGUCUUGGUACAUUUCUGAUGAGCUGAUGGAAUACCUGGACUUGUCACUCACUGUAACUGUCCACGGCAUAUUUUCUGUGGCUGGUGUCAUGUCAAACAUAGUCAAUGUUGUGAUUUUCGUUAAGCUUGGACUUAAAGACAGCAUGAGUAUUGGCCUUUUAACUCUGUCUUUAACAGACCUGGCAGUAACAGCACUGCAGCUUGCCUCAUCACUCUCCUAUAUGGUCAAGCUCAUCUAUGAGUCCAGCCCUUUAGAUCCUUGGCUUUUCGGUGGCUACUUCUUCAGCUGGUCAAGAUAUGUGGCUUACUUGAUUUCCUGCUGGAUUACUACAGUCAUCUCUGUUGAGAGGUGCUUCUGUGUGGUUUACCCAUUCACUGUGCGUCAGAUGUUCACUAGGUCCAGGUGUGUAGCUGUCCUUCUGGCCAUCUGCGUGACCCAUGUCGGAGUUCACCUGCCUGUCUUCAUCUACGCUAAACUCGAGUGGGUGGAACAGUCUCCACCACAGUUUGUGGGCAAUGACACCUGGGUGUCCGGUCGUUGUGUCUUCACUGUUAUCUUCAACAAAGAUUCGGCUAUGUGGGAGAUUCUCUCAGACAUGAUUGCGGGAAUAAGUUUGUCCGUCAUUUCUCAGUUGAUUCUCAUCAUAUGUACUGUAUGGAUGAUUUAUUCCCUCAAAGCGUCAUCGAAAAUUCGCCAGCAGUCGGAAACAGGUCACGGAAAUGACUCCUUGAAGGCGUCAAAAGAAGGCAAGACUGAGGUGCUGUCCAACAAAGAAAGACGCUUGGUCAAGGUGGUCCUCUUCAUGGCCAUCAACCUCUCGGCCUGUAAUAUUCCAAGGUUCGUGACCAUCGCUGUACAUCAUAUUCUCCCAGGAAUGAAUCUCGGGGCCUACCAAAAUCUGGACACACUUUUCUGGGAGAUCUCCUAUCUCUUUGGCACGAUCUGUUGCACAACCAACACUCUUGUCUACUAUACCCUGAACACAAAGUACAGAAGUCUCUUGAAACAAAUGCUAUUGAAACGUCAUGGAAACACAUCUGACUCAUAG